AUGGGGAAAAAGGCGUUCGCUACUAAGAUUAAACCACCUUCGUCUCGCCGUGAAGAAAAGGCUGGAACGCAACCACCGCCAAACCCUCAACCUUCGGCACCAACUCUGCAUGCCCCACCGAUGAUAUCUCUAGACGCAAUGGCGGAGUUUCUCCGUUUACAAGACCCCACUAGGAACUGGGCGGCGGAGUUGGCGAAUUUCAGCCAAAUCAGAGGGCAGGGGAAUAUAACCGCACCCAGUGAAAUUCCACCUGCACCGGUCAGUCACGCGGAGGAACAAUCAGAGGAGGGAUCUUCAUCGGCGACCGUGCCGUCGGAGACCUCGGUGCCAGAUUCGGUGGAGCUCGACGCUGUCGCCGCCUAUUACGACUGCGACCCUGAGGAGCGUAAGAAAAGGACCAGCCAAGAAGAGACAACCCAAGAAGGGAGUGGCGAAACGGAGAGAACACCUACUGUGGAGACCGUCCGUCAAGAAAGGGUUAGGGAAGAAAUAGAUCUGAACGAAUCGGCACAGAAGCGCAGCCUUAUGACCGAUACGGAGUUUGAGUCAAUCGUGGAAGAGGUAAACCACAGAGAAGAUACUGCUUUGAUGGCUGAGGGUCUAGACCUCGCAUCAAGGUCAGUAGGAGGGGUUGAGAAAGCCGUUACAGGAACCACACCGGAAGGUCAUACUUCCCAGUCAGUAGAAGGGAAGGAGGAAGUACACGAAGAAGAGAAAGAGCCGGAGCCAGUAGAUCCCCGAGUGGAAGUAGGGGGUGGUGGAAUGCAGGUAGGAGAGGAGGAACCAGCUGCAGAAAUCCUAGAGCCAAAACCAGAGGCGCCUCCAGUAGUGAAGCCCAAGCCCAUAAAGCGGAGCUUAAUAUUGAAGGCUGAUCCUAAGGCAGACCGGCCUAAACCGCAGAGGGUUUCGCAGAGAUGCUUGGGAAAGUGGGCAGCUAGUAGGGCGAAGCCGAACACAGAGGUAGAUCCCGUGGAAAUCUUGGGCGAAGAGGAGAGGACCACUCCCACAAAACCUGGGGAAGAGUCUUUACCUGUUGCUGACCUAGAGGAUACUGCAAUGGAAACCAAAGCGGUCUCUUCAACACUGAGUGGCCAAGCUGAGAAAGAACCCGAAGAAGAAAAAGACAAAGUUGACAGAGAGGAAGUGAGAUACCGUGAGGAGAGAAAACGAAAGGGGAAGGCCCCUAUGAAGAAGAAGCCUAGCACCAAGAAACCGCGUCUCGUGAACACUGGCAUAGUGAUCACUGAAGCUGCUCAGAGGACCCCAUCCAGCCGACGAGAGCAGAGUGAUAGUGAGUAUGAGUUCAGUGAGGAAUCUGAAUCGGCCAGUGAUACGUCCAUGGAGGAUGAGGAGUACAAGGAACAGAAACUUCCGAACGAUCAUCAGGAGUUAUUACAUCCGCCGGCAGAGAGACUCCGAUAUAAGCGCUGGACAGAUCAGGAGCAGAGACAAGAAAGGAUGGAGAAAGCGAUGGAAGAAGUGAGAGAAGAAAAUCAACAGUUGAAAGCGGAGGUGAUGCGAUUGGCAUCGGUGGUGGAACGAAUGUUGAAAGGGGCUGCAGAGCAGAAGUUGUUGGCUCAGAGGUAG